AUGGAUCAGUGGACGGGUGUGCACCGGGCGUUCGUCAUACGCGCCUACUACAAGAGCAACGACUCGAUCAGCGGAGCCCAGCGGCUCUUCAAGAAACAGUUCAGCAUUUAUCAAACGCCGCCGACGAACGUGAUCAAGUCCUGGCUGAGGCAUUUCGAGAGUACGGGAUCCUCGCAAGGAGGCUGCGGCGGAUACGCACGAUCCUCGCUUCCACAAAUCUUCUGCACUAUUUGCAAUCAGUGCCUGAGUAAUGAGAAAAACUUUAGCGGCUCCGUGAAGUAAAUAUGCACAUGGUGCAUAAGUUAAUCUGUUUAUCGUAUAUAAGUUAGUGUGUAUGGUUCGCAAAUAAAUUUCUUGGCUAAUUAACAAGCUUGCCAAAUCAACACAU